AUGUCUUCCUUUUUCUUCUCCACACCGGUGGACAUUGACAUUGUCCUCGAAGAUCUCGACGACCGGCAGGCUGUCGAUGUCAAGCUGGACAAGAACAGGCGGGAGAAGGCGCCGCUGUACAUGGAUGGCGAGUCAGUCAAAGGAGCAGUCACAGUUCGUCCCAAGGAUGGCCGACGACUUGAACACACUGGCAUAAAAGUACAGUUCAUCGGCCUGAUUGAAAUGUUCUUCGAUCGCGGUAAUCACUACGAGUUCCUCUCACUCGGUCAAGAGCUCGCUGCCCCCGGUGAACUACAACACCCCCAAACCUUCCCUUUCAAUUUCAAGAACGUCGAGAAGCAAUACGAGUCCUACAACGGCAUCAAUGUCAAGCUACGCUAUUUCACACGUGUGACCGUCAGUCGGCGGAUGGCGGAUGUCAUUCGCGAAAAGGACAUCUGGGUCUAUAGCUACCGGAUACCGCCCGAGAUCAACAGCAGCAUCAAGAUGGACGUGGGGAUCGAAGACUGCCUGCACAUCGAGUUCGAGUACAGCAAGAGCAAGUAUCAUCUCAAAGAUGUCAUUGUAGGCAGAAUAUACUUCCUACUUGUGCGACUCAAGAUCAAGCAUAUGGAGCUGUCUAUCAUCCGGAGGGAGACGACAGGUGUGGCACCCAACCAGUAUAACGAAAGUGAGACGCUGGUGAGGUUUGAAAUCAUGGAUGGGUCACCGUCGAGAGGAGAGACCAUCCCCAUACGGUUAUUCCUAGGCGGAUUUGACCUCACACCAACCUUCAGAGAAGUCAACAAGAAGUACUCUGUGCGGUACUACUUGAGCCUGGUAUUGAUCGAUGAAGGUGAGAUCGACCCCCUACCUGUUGCUCCUAUCUCUCAGACCCAGCUCUCGGCAAGCAUGUCCCUGAUGACGGCUCCCCAAUCCAUCACCCUCACGUUGCGCAUGGCGCUGUGA